AUGGUGAUGGUGAUGAGGGUGAAACUUGUUUUGGUUCUUGUUACUAUUAUUGCAUUUGUGGAGAAUGUGUCAUUUGCCUUAUACACACCUCAUGAUAAUUACUUAAUUGCUUGUGGUUCUUCUAAAAGUAUUAGCUUUCAAGAUCGCGAUUUUGUUCCGGAUUCGCAGCAUUCUGCGCUAGUGUUAAAAACUGGAAAUUCAAUUGUUGUUGGUAGUUCGAAUUCGAGUGUUGUUCCGUCUCCAAUUUACGAAUCGGCUCGAGUUUUCACUGAUAAAGGUUCUUAUAGAUUUGAAGUUCAACCAGGUAGGCAUUGGAUUAGGCUAUAUUUUUAUCCUCUUCCAAACACUAGCCAUGAUUUGACUUCAGCUUCUGUAACAGUUGUUAGUGAUGAUUUUGUUCUGUUAAGGAACUUCAGUUUUAGAAACUACAGUGGUUCUUAUUUGUUUAGAGAGUAUGCUGUCAAUGUAACCUCUGAUACUUUGACUGUAACAUUCAUUCCUUCGAAUGGUUCGGUUGCUUUUGUGAACGCGAUUGAAGUUGUGUCGAUGCCGGAUGAUUUGUUUGUUGAUCAGGCAUUGGCGCUUAGUCCGUUAGCGCCUUUUAACGGUCUUUCAGAACUUGCUUUCGAAACUGUUUACCGUUUGAAUAUAGGAGGAACCUUGCUCACUGCUGAAAACGAUACGUUGGGAAGGACUUGGGAGAAUGAUCAGAAGUAUCUUCAUGUGAACAGUUCGGUCACUAAUGUAUCGACUAGCCCUUCAAGCAUUAGGUAUCGACCGGGCGUUACCGCUGAGACGGCGCCCAAUUGGGUCUAUGCAACUGCUGAAGCAAUGGGGGAUGCAAAUGUAGCCAAUUCGAAUUUCAACAUUACUUGGAGUUUUAAUGUGGACCCGGAUUUUUCUUAUUUUGUUCGGCUGCACUUUUGCGAUAUUAUUAGCAAGGCGAUGAACACGUUAGUGUUCAAUGUGUUUAUAAAUACGGAUAUAGCUAUUGGAAGCCUCGAUCUAUCAUCUUUGACUAACGAUUUGGCUUUGCCUUACUAUAAGGACUUUGUUUCUAAUGCUUCAUCGGGUAACACUUUGACGGUAAGUGUCGGUCCUGAUACAAUGGCAGACAUUACAAAUGCAACUAUGAAUGGAUUGGAGAUAAUGAAAAUUAGCAAUUCAUGGAAGAGCUUGGAUGGACUUUCUUCGGUUGCGAGUCUGCUUCCUAGUUCAAAAUCAAACAAGAACAAGAUAGGGAUAAUUGUUGGUUCCGCUGCUGGUGCUGUUGUUGCCUUAGCUUUUGUUGGUUUGUGUUUUUGCUUUUUGGUUAGAAGAAAGUCGAAGUCUACUCAAGAGGGUGGUCAUUCAUGGCUUCCAUUGCCGUUAUACGGAAAUUCUCAGACCAUGACGAAAAUGUCAACAACUUCACAGAAGAGUGGAGGAACCGCAAGCUUCAUUUCUUCGACGAAUCUUGGAAGGUUCUUCACUUUCCAAGAAAUCCUAGACGCAACAAACAAAUUCGAUGAGAAGCUUCUUCUCGGAGUUGGUGGUUUUGGCAGGGUUUAUCAAGGAAACCUUGACGAUGGUACCAAUGUAGCUGUUAAAAGAGGAAAUCCUCGAUCCGAACAAGGUCUUGCUGAAUUCCGAACCGAAAUCGAGAUGUUAUCCAAGCUUCGCCAUCGUCAUCUUGUGUCUCUAAUUGGGUAUUGUGAUGAGAGGUCAGAAAUGAUUCUUGUCUAUGAAUACAUGGCUAAUGGUCCCCUCAGGAGUCAUUUAUAUGGAACAGACCUGCCACCUCUGUCAUGGAAACAAAGACUCGAAAUUUGCAUCGGUGCAGCAAGAGGCCUUCAUUAUCUCCACACCGGUGCAUCACAAAGUAUUAUUCACCGAGAUGUAAAGACAACAAACAUCCUUUUAGAUGAUAGCUUUGUUGCUAAAGUUGCUGACUUCGGCCUCUCCAAAACCGGUCCUGCACUCGAUCAGACUCACGUGAGCACGGCCGUUAAAGGUAGUUUCGGUUAUCUUGAUCCAGAAUACUUUAGAAGGCAACAACUCACAGAGAAAUCCGAUGUUUAUUCAUUUGGAGUAGUUUUAAUGGAAGUGCUAUGCACAAGACCGGCUUUGAACCCUGUCCUUCCUAGAGAACAGGUUAAUAUAGCCGAGUGGGCAAUGAACUGGCAGAAGAAAGGAAUGCUUGAUCAAAUCAUGGAUCAACAACUUGUCGGGAAGGUCAAUCCUGCUUCGCUUAAGAAGUUUGGGGAGACGGCCGAGAAGUGCUUGGCCGAGUAUGGAGUGGAUAGACCAUCAAUGGGAGAUGUUUUAUGGAAUCUCGAAUACGCUUUGCAGCUACAAGAAACCUCAUCAGCACUCAGGGAACCUGAGGAUAACAGCACAAACCACAUAACCGGGAUUCAGUUGACGCCACUUGAGAAUUUUGAUAACAGUGUGAGUAUGAUUGAUGGAAGCAACUCUGUCACUGACGAUGAUGGUGAAGACGCUGCUACGAGUGCAGUCUUCUCACAAUUGGUAAAUCCACGUGGAAGAUGA